AUUCGUACACAAGUUUGAGACAAACAUCGAAUAUAAUGUCCGGAAGAGGAAAAACCGGAGGCAAAGCCAGAGCUAAGGCUAAAACCCGCUCCUCCAGAGCUGGACUCCAGUUCCCCGUGGGUCGUGUCCACAGGCUGCUGCGUAAAGGAAACUAUGCGGAGCGCGUCGGUGCCGGAGCUCCCGUCUACUUGGCGGCUGUUCUAGAGUAUCUGACCGCUGAGAUCCUGGAGUUGGCUGGAAACGCUGCCCGCGACAACAAGAAGACCAGGAUCAUCCCCCGCCACCUGCAGCUGGCUGUCCGCAACGACGAGGAGCUCAACAAGCUGCUGGGCGGAGUCACCAUCGCCCAGGGCGGCGUCCUGCCCAACAUCCAGGCGGUGCUGCUGCCCAAGAAGACGGAGAAACCCGCCGGCAAAGCGAAGUAGACCUGGAUCAGCUGUGAUCCACAAAAACGGCUCUUUUAAGAGCCACGCACACAACCUAAAGAGCAAAGCCUUCAUUUACGUACAGCGUAUUUGUAGAUGACACAAUCAAUACUUGAAUUAAUUAAAGAUGUGACUGA